UAUACUCGGGUUGCAUGGUUCUCUCUCGUUUACAUUACGACGUCAGCGGUAUUUAGUUUUUCGGCAUAUGCUUGGCUUCUAAUCUAUUCGAAAAAUAAGUGCUCUCUGUCCGAAGACUAGUUAAAUUGUCUAAGGGAUAGAGGUAUUCGCAUGAAGUCAAUCCUGUAGUCAAGGGAAUCUACUGCGCGUAGAGCAUCUGCUUCAUGGUUUAUAGUCAUGACAGAUAGUAUCCCUCGACGCAGUGUUAAUACGUGAGAGAUGCUAUAUGCACAGAACCUAAAAUUAAUUCUCUGCGCAGUGUAUUUACGAUAUAACUCCGCUUGCGUCGUCGACACUGCAUAAGUUUAACCUCUACCUGAAGAAAACCAUGACAAGGAUCCUGUAAAUGUAUACAGUGGUGGUGAAAUCCUACAUCACUUUCAAGAACAGUGGAAAGAUAUCCAUCAAGUGAAUGAGAAAAAUGCAAAAAGUGUAGAAGUGAUAGCUCAAGGAAUUAAAAACCUAGCUGAAAAGAUUGAUUCCAGCCAAAAGAACAUUGGUCUUAUAACACAUAUAUUUUCUAAUUACAAGCUACCUUCAAAAAUAUCUAACUGUGUGCAAAAUGUGAAGUCCCUAUAUUCCACAGCAGAAACCAUAGAAUUAAAAUUAUUAGAGCUUGAAAAUAUAAUAGAUGAAGUUGAAUUUGAGCAAUUAAAGAAACAGCAUUCUUAUCAUUUAGAACAAUAUGAAAAGAAAAAGAAAGAAACCUUUGAUAUGACAAAAAGUGCCUUAGAAGAAAAUUAUAAGAAGAAAGUAGUUGAAUAUGAAGCCAGCAAGAAACUUAUAAUGGAAGAACGGCAGAAAGUGUUUCAGGAUGCUUUUAAAACUGAUCUAGAGCUUUACAAGACAUCAGGUACAAUCCCAGACCACAGGCAAACUACUCCAAAUAGUGCUUUAUUAGAAGAAAUUCAAUUAGAUGUGGACCAGAAUGAACUCAGCAAAUUUUUUGAUGAUGAUUCUUAGAUGGUGCAAUAUACUAUAUAAAAACAUAUUUUUGUACAUGUAAAUAUAAACUAUUGUUUGGAAAUGUUAAUUACAAUUUCUUAAAAAAUCA